GCAUCUACCAUCGACGACACACUGACGUCGCUCUCGAGCAGUUGUCUCUAUAGUCCACCGGAGUUCGUAUCGCGCUUACAACCAACGUACGAAGUCAGGCAGAACACUCGAGUUCUCCUGAAGGUGGUGGUGACGGGUGUGCCGCUGCCGCAAGUCGUAUGGUAUCACAACGGCAACGUCCUCAACCCAAUAAAAAACACUCUGAACAUGGUCUACGAGGACGGUGUGAGCUUCCUGGAGAUCUGCAAUUGUACCGAAAAAUGGAGUGGCGUGUUCACAUGCGAGGCGAAGAAUUCAGCAGGCGUCAGUAAAAUCGAAUCCACGGUGGUUGUUUUACCUGAAGAAUUAGAUGAAAAUACUCGUACAACGGAGAUUCAUCUGACAAAUAUUCCAUUCCAAGCAGAUGUCGAGCUCGUCGUGAAGGAUAGCACACACCGUGACUUCCAGGCCGUCACGUUCACUUCAGGGGUCAACGAGAACAUACAGUUGAAGUGCACCUUCAGUGGACAACCGCUGCCAGCUGUUAACAUGGGAGAAGGAUGGCAAUCUCGUGGAUAUGAACAAGUACGGAGAUCAUUCCUCAUUUUUUAA